UAUCACUGUUCCACGCGGUUUUGCGCCAUUAACAUUCAACUCACCCACCCAACCACCAAUAUCCAUCAAACAACGCGUUUAUCUAUCUUCCAUUCCCAGAUUCCCAGCAAUUUCCUCAGCCCCCACUGUGUUCUUCUGUUUUGCUCUUUCUGUUCCAUUAAAGAUGUUGAUGAGCACAGUGUUGUUGGCACUUCUCUUCGCCCUUGGUUUCAUCGCCACUUUCUUCAAUUUCCCUACCAAGAAGUUCCUUUCAUGGCUUCACUCCAUCUCUGCCAAAACCGCGUCUUCAAAAGCCCCACCGCCCAAGAAAUCCAUGGCGGAAGAGAAGAAGGUGGUUAGGAGUACUGGGAGCAAUAAUCGCAGCAAGGUGGAAUUGAAGGGCGUUUUCGCGACUUUCGACAAGAACAGCGAUGGGUUCAUAACGAAGCAGGAGCUGAAGGAGUCGCUGAGGAACAUUGGGAUAGUGAUGGAGGACGGCGAGAUAGCGGAGAUGGUGGAGAAGGUGGACGAGAACAAUGAUGGGCUGGUGGAUCUUGACGAGUUCUGCGAGCUCUGCAACUCCUUCUUGGGCGUGGAAAUGGCGGCUGGCGGCGGCGGCGCCGCCGGAGAUGGUGAUGAUGAUCUGAGAGAGGCGUUUGAUGUGUUUGAUGGGGACAAAGAUGGGCUGAUCAGUGAAGAGGAGCUUAGCAGGGUUCUUUCAUCUCUGGGCUUGAACCAAGGGAAGAGAUUAGAGGCCUGCAAGGAGAUGAUUAGAAGUGUGGAUGUUGAUGGAGAUGGAAUGGUUAACUUUGAUGAGUUCAAGAGGAUGAUGAGAGGUGGUUCUACUCCAAGCCUCAUUCCAGUUUCUUAAGGUAAAUCGCAAGUCGCCCAACCAAGACUCCGGCCUCAGUUUUUCAUUAAUAUUACUUUAUACGUUUCCUGGUAUUAACUCAAAAACAUUACACCAAAAGUCACCAAAAGUAAUGUUUUGUUGCCAUCUCUGAUCAGAUCAGAUCACGCUAAUUUCCAUUUAAACUUGCCCACGAAAGACGAAAUUCUGCUUAGGCUGUACAGGUAGCAUACAUAUUUGCAUCAACAACUAUGUAGUUAUAUUUUUAUUCUUGGUUUUGAUCCUGAGAAUGGAUCUAGUUUAGCUUAUUAGAUUUUUGUUUUAGUUGUGUUUUCUCGAUCACCUAUUUAGGGGCAAUACAAGUUUGGAAUCAAAUUAUGUUCUUUUUUUUUGUUGGUUGAUUGGAGAUGCAAAUGUAGGUUGUGACUUUCUGUAAGGGUUACGUUUCAUCAAGUAAAGUUAGGCCAUGUUUGGGUACUU